AUGCAGAACAACGACGACGACAAGCGCCAAGGGCUCGCCAGGCCCCCUCCCGGAGAUCAAAGCGGAAGGGACGACCGGACCGAGGGCAGCGAGGCUGCCUCGACUCGCCGCCGACCCGCUCCCAAUCAUCCGCCCUCCCGCCCCCCUCCGCCUCCUCCUGCCCACUCAAGGCCUACCGAGUCGUCUCUGCUGCGCCCGGAGCAGCGGCAGUUCAUCCUCCGCUGGCUGAGCCACAUCGCGCCCCCACAGCAGUGCGAGCCGGCUGUACCUGAGGAGUCCAUUGAGACGGAAGCCCCAGACACCGAGGACCGGGAGCUUGCGGCCCAAGAUCCCCACGUUCAACAGAAUCUGGAGCGCCAGGUUCGGAACCUUCAGAUAAGAACCCAGCUGCUUCUCCAACAGGGUGCCUCCUCGCCAGAGCCCCGCCCCUUGAGCCCCAGUCACACAAAAUCCGACAACUUGCCGGCUGCUGAGCUUGCCAGGCUAGGCAGACCCGGUCCCAAAGAUUGGACCGCGCCGUUCGCCAUGGCCAGCAACAGCCUGCAAGUCCGGAAUCCGGACUUUCUUAGCACCAAACAGAAGGCGAUCGAGGAUGCGAAAAAGAUGCAGGCAAUUGUUGAAGAAGACUGCAACAGAGCAGGAAAGGAUGUGCCCCCGUAUCAGUUACAGGAACUAAUCGGGAAAGGGAAUUAUGGCCGGGUCUACAAAGCUACUGACCUCAAGACGAAAGCGCUCGUCGCUGUCAAAAUCAUCAACAUUGAGGAAGGCGACACUCUAAACCCAAAGCUCGCCGACACGUACAGCGAAUUCAUGAAAGAAGUUUCCGCCCUCAAGCUUCUCAGCGACACGGGAGCCAAGAACAUCAAUCUCACCCUCGAUGUGCUCCCGGUCGGCCAGGCCAUGUGGAUGGUCACCGAGUACUGUGCCGGUGGAAGUGUUGCGACCCUCAUGAAGCCCACAGCGCCGGGCGGGUUGCAGGAGAAAUGGAUCAUACCCAUCGUACGAGAAGUGGCAGAGGCCAUUUACUGGGUUCACAAGGAGGGCAUCAUUCAUCGAGACAUCAAGUGCGCCAACGUCUUGGUCACCGAAGCAGGCGGUGUCCAGCUCUGCGAUUUCGGCGUGGCCGGCAUCAUCGAGUCCAAACUCGACAAGCGCACCACCUUCAUUGGGACGCUCAACUGGAUGGCGCCAGAGCUCUUCGACCCCGUCCCUUCGUACAGCACGCCAGUCGACAUUUGGGCCUUUGGCUGCUUGGUCUACGAGCUUGCCUCGGGUCUUCCCCCAAUGGCAGGCUUGAACAUACAGCAGCUGGGUCAAUACAUCAAAAACCACGCCCCACGGCUCGAAGGUGACUAUUCGGAUCAGAUCAAGGACCUGGUGGCCUUCUGCCUCGUCGAAGAUCCGGCCAAGCGGCCGACCAUCCAAGAAAUCCAGCAGCACCCAUACAUUUUCAAAACCAGCGAUGCGUACCCAACCGCUUCGCUCGCUAAUCUUGUCAAGGCAUACAAGCUCUGGGAGGGACAAGGAGGCAUCAGAAAGUCGCUCUUCGCUCCCAUCGGCGUGCAAGGGCCAUCAGACUGUGCAUCCUCGGACCUUCCAAGCGACGAAUGGAACUUCAGCACCACCGUCGACUUUGACCGGCAGGUCAUGAACACGGAUGCCCAGGCCGUCUUCGACGUAUACGGAUCCAAUGUUGAGUUUGAGAUCAACGAACAAACUUCGCGCCCGUCGAAGCCCAAGCAGCGCCGGCGAGCCCCUCCACAGCUCCAACCUGUCAAGGCGCCUCUCGAAAAAGUGUUUGACCCCAACACCAUUUCCAACUACGAGGAGAAUUCGCGUGCGUACUACGGCAGAGCGCCCCCUCCUCCCAUGACGACCACCUCAGAUCUUCCUCUCCGAGACGACUCGCUGCACUCGACCCUCCGAGAGUCACUUAUUGACCUUGACGCAUCCCUUCACGACGGCGGCGAUCUAUCCCAGUUCGUCGACAUGGCAACCAUCCGAGCCGGCAUGCGUGUGCCGAGCGACUCGGAGCCCGACAACGUUGCCGACUACAACAAGCCGCCGCUGAGCGAUCCUGCAGACUUGAACCCCAACCGCCGGACCCAAGACUGGAAGUUCCCGGCCAUGGCUCCACCGGCGUCAGCCAAUCCCGAAAUGUCUCGGUUUCCGUUCCACGAAGAGCGGUCCGAGAAAUCACGGCCACCUGUGAUCCACCACGCCUCGGAUUCUGGAGCCUUUCUCGCAGAGCCAUACGAUCUCAUGCCGCCCCAGUCGCAGGAUAACCGUGCGUCGGUCAGCAGCUUGAUUGAUCUAGAUGAGGGCCUGGUCAUGCCGGAGCUGACCCGCCCGUCCACCGCCAAUUCAGAUGUCGGCUCGGUGACUGGCUCAGACAUUGGCGGCGCCAACCCUUUCGACCUGGAGCGUCACGCGUCGCUCUACAUCUCAACUCAAAUCGGGAUCCGCGAGCCAUCCAUCUACGUCUCGGACGACAGCGACCUUGCCCACCUGGCCAAGGCUGCCACCGACGACACACAAUAUCCGGCCCGCGACUUUACCGCCGCGAACGGCGCAACCGGCGCACAAUCCACGUCCCACUCGCGGUCAACCAGCUACGACGACAGCUACUCGGUCAACGAGUAUGACUCCGAGUACCUCACCAUGGGCGUGUCGACGCCGAUGAGCAACACGGACCGGCGCAGCCGGGCGCGGACCCGGGGCCGGUCGCAGUCGGGCGCGAGCGUCAGCAGCAGUACUGCGCAGCUGCGGCAUCCCAGGAUCGAGGCGAUGAACGGCUUGAUGGGCGUCGUUGACAGCGCGGACACGGGCCUGGGGGGAGUACCGGCGCCGCCGUCGGCUAGGGUCAUGCUGGGAAUGGCUGGCCGGGAACAGGUGCGCGACGAGGUGAUGCGCUUGCUGGCGAGUUUCUCGGAGCAGCUGGGGGCCACGAAUGCUUAUGUCUCGGCGCUGCCAUCAACUGCAUUUGAAAAUCACCAAUUAAUCCAUCUUCGGCUCACAACUGCAUCACUUACACAUCCUCGGCUCACCUAUACCACCACCACCACCACCACCAUGAAGACGCGAAUUCUCAAAGUGCCGCUUGCCGGAAAAGACGAAUCCGUCUUGGGCCGGUGGGCAGCAACCAUGCCCGACGGCAAACCAGACCUUACCAAAUGGGACAUCCCUUCAUCCUCCGAAGACGCAGACCCGGUCCUGAGCCCCUUGCACGAGGCAGCGCAGCUCCUACGCACCACCUCGGUCCCCGUCGCCUUCCCAACCGAAACGGUCUACGGCCUCGGCGCCGACGCCACCCGCUCCGCCGCCGUGCGCGGCAUUUACUCGGCCAAGGGCCGCCCCUCGGACAACCCGCUGAUCCCCAUCACACUCUUCCGCAAGAACCGAGCCACGUCGUAG